UCUCCUUAACUUCCUACUCCGCAACAAUUUCAUCGGCACGCUCGAGUUGGCCGUUGGACUGGCCGUUGCGUCCCCUAUAAAAGCGAGGGUAGACCAUCGUGGGACCAGUGUGCUCACUGUCGGCCAACAUGAACAGCACAGAGAAGCUGAAAAUCUUACUUAUCUGCGGCCUGGUCCUCUCGGCCAUGGCCGAGGAGACGAAAAAAACGGCGGAGUCGAGCGCUCAACCAAAGGAGGAGAAGACGAAGCGCGGGUUGGAGCUUAGCUUGGGCGAUCACGGGUUCGGAGGUGGUUUCGGCGGCGGAGGUGGAGGAUUCGGAGGCGGAUUGGGAGGCGGAUUGGGAGGCGAGCACAUAUCCACCGAUCACAUCAAGGCAGUCACGGUCACAAAGACCGUCCACGUGCCCGAACCUUAUCCGGUUGAGGUCACGAAACACGUACCCGUCCCGGUCAGCGUGCCGGUCAAAGUCCCGAUCGACAAGCCAGUCCCCGUCCACGUGCCCCAACCUUACCCGGUCACGGUCGAGAAGCAUGUGCCCUACCCGGUCGAGAAGCCUGUACCGUAUCCCGUCAAGGUGCCGGUCAAAGUGCCGAUAAAAGUACCUUUGCCGGUCAAGGUGCCGGUCAAGGUGCCUGUCACGGUACCAAAACCAGUGCCCUACCCUGUCAAGGUGCCUGUGGUCGUGAAGGAGCCUGUACCGCUUAUAGUUAAGGAGCACGGAGGAGGAUUCGGCGGAGGAUUCGGCGGCGGAGGAUUCGAAGGUGGGCUCAGCUUAGGCGGCGGCCACGAUUUCGGAGGCGGUUUCGGAGGUCACGAACAUUACUGAACCAAAGACUCGGCGGUGCAUCGUAGUCUUUCACUUUCGUACGUUUCGUUCGUCGAUCGGGACGAGACACGGUAAUUCUUUCGUAAAUUCUUUCUUCUUCAAAAUCAUUCGAGACUGGUUUGCUGGUCGUGAACGUGAACAGGACCGAUCGGCGAGGAAACGUAGUGUACCUUGUUAGACGUCGGUCGAAAUGUACCAAUAUUGUAUUCAUCAUCCGUGAUCCCCAACAUCGUCAAAUUGUAUUUUAUUGUACGAUAUGUUUAUUUCUUUUUCUUUUUUUUAUGAACGAAUAAAGCGAUAUUUUUUUAUACAUAACAAACAAACCGAUUAUAUAAUGUUAGGAGACAUUGCAAGAUUGCUCGGGAGGGGGAGAAUCGCUUUGACGGGUUACGCGAUCGGAUGGAAUCGAGACUUUCACCGUUUAAUGCGUUACGUUACGGAGGUACACCUGUUCUGUAACCGAAGUUGUCAGCGGGAUAAAGAUAUAUCAUACGAUCUAUACGUUUUCUAUCUACUGCGUAACGCCUAGCGCGGCGAAUUAAUAGAAAGGGGAAACGAAACGAACGUCGAUCUGCAUAAAAAUUAUCCGUAUUGCAUUAUUA